AUGAUUUCUCGCUUCGCCUUCACAGGUAGCGAGCGUGAGUCCGGGUCGACUUCUACAUGCCUGACCUUUGGUGGUGUCACAAGUCUUGACAACCUUCUGCUCUUACUCGCUUACCUCGCUUUGGCAGCUCGGCAGGUAGAGUCGGCGGGGCGAAAGCGGAGAGUGGAGUUGGAGACGGUGGCGAAAGGUGGUAGCGAUGUAUUGCAGCGGUUGUGCGUGAAGGACGAUGCCGUAGUGGGUCCCACCUCGAGGAUUGCGCCACCGUCGCUCGCACUGUCUACAGCACGGAUAUUGACGGCUCGAGAGCAGAGCUCUUCGUCACUCUCGACAGUUCCAUGUAGCGCCUCCACGACCUCCUCACAGACUAAGUUAGCACUGUCAACAAAGGCCGAAAUUGAUGAGGUUCUCAGAGAGGCAAGUGCGAUUAGUAAUUUUGUUGAACUGGGUCUCUACUAA